AUGGCAGAAGUAAUAGUUACAUUCCGAAAUAUAAAAGACAAAGAGUUUGUCACGCCUCCAAUGCAGGUUCCUGAUGACUUCACCUCGGCGCAGAUGGAGCAGUUUCUCAACACUUUCCUGGCACACGACAAGUCCUACGCCUUCUUCCAUAAUGGCGAGCAAAUAGAAAAAGUUCCUGCCUGCGAAAACGAAGAGACCCUGCAGAUAGACUUCAUUGCAGUCACAAAGAUUCUUUCCGAGACUGCCAAGAUAGAAGUAGACUCGCAAAUCACAGCAAUCUCCAUACGAAGGCACCCAGAAAUUCACAUGGACACAAUUAUAAUAUGCACGUCCACGGGGGAAACAAAGGAGUAUUCGCUCUCGCUGGGGAUGGAGCCCGUGAUGACCUUCAACUCGUUCAAGCCCAUCCGGGCAGUUACCUCCACGGAGGACGGCAUAUACGUGCUGACAACCACAAACAAGGUGGUAGACGUGUGCAAGGGCGACAUUGUGUACGAGUGCGACACGCCCAUAAGGACCAUAAGCAAUUCCGGCGAGUACUUGGCCAUAGGGCUAAUCACCGACGAAAUUGUAAUACUAAAAAAGAACGAAGAGGUAAAGAAGGUCAAGGCAUCCGGGGAAAUUGGAAAGCUGAUAAUGCGGUCCUCGGAGGGCGAGCCCAUGCUGAUAUGUGCCAUCUCAAGCGGGUGCAUAGAAGUAUACAAGGGCGAGCAGUUCGAGAUGCACUCGUAUAAGCUGGCCACCCCCAUCACUGCGGCCGGAUAUGACGAGGGAGUAAUAUAUGCAGGCGGCCUAGGAGGGAUGAUAUACAUCUGCAAUAUGGAGGGCGUUCAGAAAGAGUACAAGUCGGACGUGGACUUCAUAUCCCGAAUAGAGGGCGGAAGUGUCUUUUUCGGGUACUCCAACAAGAACAGCAUACUGCUAAGAGACAGAGAGACCUACAUGGGAACCCACAGAAUUGAUUUGGCAGCUCCUGUGGCUGAUAUGAAGAUAUCUGGGAAGAGGCUGUUCACCGCAGAGGGGAAGUCGCUGAAGAUAUUCAAUAUUUUCGACGAAUAA